UUUUUUGUUUUUUUUUUUUUUGUUUUACAUUAAACAACAAUGCUUAGAAACAUUGCUCGUCUUGCCCGUCCUUUGGCUCUUCGUAGUGUAGCUCCUGCUGCCCGCGUUAACCUUGGUGCUAUUGCUACUGCUGCUCGUGGUUAUGCUUCUUCUAAGCCUUCUACCUCCGAAGUUUCUUCUAUUCUUGAACAACGUAUUUUGGGUGCUAACUCUGAAAUUGAUCUUCAAGAAACAGGUCGUGUUUUGUCUAUUGGUGAUGGUAUUGCUCGUGUUUAUGGUUUAAAGAACUGUCAAGCUGAAGAAAUGGUUGAAUUCUCUUCUGGUCUUAAGGGUAUGGCUCUUAACUUGGAACCUGAUAACGUCGGUAUUGUCGUUUUCGGUAAUGAUCGUUUGAUUAAGGAAGGCGAUACUGUUAAGCGUACUGGUGCCAUUGUCGAUGUUCCUGUUGGUCCUGGUAUCCUUGGUCGUGUUGUGGAUGCCCUCGGUAACCCUAUUGAUGGUAAGGGCCCUCUUGAAACCGUCGGUCGUUCUCGUGUUCAGGUGAAGGCUCCCGGUAUCUUGCCUCGUCACUCCGUUAACGAACCUAUGCAAACUGGUAUCAAGUCUGUUGACUCUAUGGUCCCUAUUGGUCGUGGUCAACGUGAAUUGAUUAUUGGUGAUCGUCAAACUGGUAAGACAGCUGUCGCUCUUGAUACUAUUUUGAACCAAAAGAACUGGAACAAUGGUUCUGAUGAAUCCAAGAAGUUGUACUGUAUUUACGUUGCUGUUGGUCAAAAGCGUUCUACCGUUGCUCAACUUGUUAGAACUCUUGAAGAAAAUGAUGCUAUGAAGUAUACCACUGUUGUUGCUGCUACGGCCUCUGAAGCUGCUCCUCUUCAAUAUCUUGCUCCUUUCUCUGGUGCUGCCUUUGGUGAAUGGUUCCGUGAUAAUGGUCGUCACUCUUUGAUCAUUUAUGAUGACUUGUCUAAGCAAGCUGUUGCUUAUCGUCAAAUGUCACUUUUGCUUCGUCGUCCUCCUGGUCGUGAAGCUUAUCCUGGUGAUGUCUUCUAUCUUCACUCUCGUCUUUUAGAACGUGCUGCCAAGAUGAAUAAGAGCUUUGGUUAUGGUUCCAUGACUGCUCUUCCCAUCAUUGAAACUCAAGGUGGUGAUGUCUCUGCUUAUAUUCCUACUAACGUCAUUUCCAUUACCGAUGGUCAAAUCUUCUUGGAAGCUGAACUUUUCUUCAAGGGUAUUCGUCCUGCCAUUAACGUCGGUCUUUCCGUCUCUCGUGUCGGUUCUGCUGCCCAAACUAAAGCCAUGAAGCAAGUUGCUGGUUCCAUGAAACUUUUCUUGGCCCAAUACCGUGAAGUCGCUGCUUUCGCUCAAUUUGGUUCUGAUCUUGAUGCCUCUACACAAUUCUUGUUGAAUCGUGGUGCUCGUCUUACUGAAUUAUUGAAGCAACCUCAAUAUAGCCCUCUUUCCAUUCAAGUUCAAAUUCCUAUUAUCUUUGCUGGUGUCAAUGGUUAUCUCGAUAAGAUCCCUGUGAACCGUGUUGUUGAAUGGGAAAAGGAUUUCAUUAGUCACAUCAAAACUCAGCACACUGAUAUGCUUGAGGAGAUCCGUUCUAAGGGUGUUCUUUCCAAGGAACUUGAAACUAAGCUUCGUGAUGUUUGUGAAAACCAUGCCAAGAGCUUUUAUUAAAUUAUUUGAAUAAAUAAAAAUACAAUAGGAGAAAGAAAAUGAAAAGAAAAGGAAAAAAGAGAGAAAUAAAGAUAUUGGAAUGUAUAUUAUAUAUGAA